CCGCGGGAAGUUAGAAGCAGAGCGAGGGGAGCGCGCGAUGGCGUUGCUGGGCUUCUCCCCGGAGCAGCUGGCGCGCAGGCUGGCCGAAGCGGAGGCGCUGCUGGCGGCGCACGUCUCGGAGCCGAUCCGGGCCAGCUGGUGCUGGGCGCUGAAACUGGCAGAGCCGCCGGAUCUGGAGCGCUUUUGCGCCGAGCUCAACCAAGCCCGGCGAGGCAGGGAGGCUCUGUUAGCCGGGGACGCGGUUCUCUCCGAGGACAGGCAGGAGCGGCUGCAGGGGUUGCUGCAGUUGGAGAUGGCUCUCCUCCGCGGCAUCCAAGCGCUGGGCGAAGGCGCGGAUCUGCUGCGGGCGGCGCUGCUGAACGUGGCGGCUGGGCUGGAAGAGGGAGAGAUGGGAUCGAGUUUGCCCGGGGAAGCCGCCGUCGCUCUGCAGCUCGCCCUGGAGGCGCUGCUGGAGAAGCGGCCGCGGGAAGCGCUCUGGGCGCUGGAGUGGCUGGUGAGGGAGGAAAGGCGAGCCCGGCCGCGGCGGCGGGUGCAAGCCCUGAUCCGAGCCCUGCGGGAGGAAGGCUGGGCCGAGCGAGGAGACCAGCUGCCGCUGGAGGAGCUGCGCCCGCUGCUGGAGAAGGCGCUGCGCCUGGUGCGCAAGGAGCGGAGUUGGCCACAUCUGGAGGAAGCUCCUCAAGGGACCUCGCGAAAUGUCUCCCCCGAGCAGGCACAGCCUCAUCAGGAGUCAGGAAAGACUGUGCAGGAGCUGCAGGCAGAGACAAAUCUCCCUUUUAAGAGUGAUGCUCCGUGGAGGAACGCGAAAGAUCUUCAGGAUGCCCUGCGGGAAAUGACCAGCAGGAAGACGAGUGCGCUGCCACCCGGCUUGUGGGACCAGGGCCCCCGGAAGAUGUGUAGCCAUCUCCACCAACUUUGCCGCCAGUGGUUGCAGCCGGAAAAACACACAAAGGGACAGAUGCUGGACCUGGUGAUCCUGGAGCAGUUCCUGGCUCUCCUGCCCCCAGAGACGGAAAACUGGGUGCGGGAGUGUGGAGCAGAGACCAGCUCCCAGGCGGUGGCCUUGGCCGAAGGAUUUCUCCUGAGCCAGGCAGAGGAGAAGAAGGAGCAGGGAAAGAUGCAGUUCCAAGGACUGAACUUGAACUCUGAGAAUCCGGAGGAAAGAAGGGACAAACCAGAUUAUUAUGGGGACCUGCUCUUCAGUGGGAUCUUCCAUGAAGAACCAAGUCAGGACACCUCCUCAGGGAAAGGAAAAUCUGCAUUCAUAGGUUCUUCCGUUUCUCGUGAAGUUGAAGAGCCAGUUGAACCCCAAACUCAGGUUCUUGUCUCUCUAAAGGAGGUUACUGUGUGUUUCUCUGAAGAUGAAUGGUCUCGGCUAGAUCCCCUUCAGAAAGCCCUGCACAGAGACGUCAUGCUGGAAAAUGCCAGAAAUGUGGCCUUUUUGGCACCGGUUCAUACAGUACAGCACCAGAACAUACAGAACAGUAUACAAAUGGCUAACAGUCAAGAUCCCAUCAUGGCUCCACCAGGAAGAAGAAAGAAAUAUGACGCCAGUUUCAAACUUAAAGUUGUAAACUUUGCCAUGGAACAUAAUAACUGUGCUGCUGCAAGACAAUAUGGAGUAACAGAAAAGAUGGUUCGGGACUGGAAAGCAAAUGAAAAAGCAUUAAAGAGUAUGCCAAGGGGCCCAGCUGCUCCCGAACCCCGGCCACUGCUCCCGGACCUCGGCUGCUUCUCCCGGACCUCAGCUGCUUGCCUGUUGUCGCCGAUCGGUCCCAGCUCCUCCUGCCAUCGCCUAUCAGUCCCAGCUCCUCCUGCCGUCGCCAAUCGGGCCCAGCUGCUCCCGAACCUCACCCGCUUUUCCGCCACCGAUCGCCCGGACCUCUUCAGUGGGAUCUUCCAUGAAGAUCCAAGUCAGGAUACCUCCUCAGGGAAUGGAAAAUCUGCAUUCAUAGGUUCUUCUGUUUCUCGUGAAGUUGAAGAGCCACUUGAACCCCAAACUCAGGUUCUUGUCUCUCUAGAGGAGGUGGUUGUGUGUUUCUCUGAGGACGAAUGGUCACGGCUAAAUCCUGUUCAGAAAGCCCUGUACAGAGACGUCAUGCUGGAAAACUCCAGAAAUGUGGCCUUUUUGGAGCAGUGGUGGCGAACCUAUGGCACGCAUGCCGGAGGUGGACAUGCAUCGCUGCGUCAAGAUGCUUUCCGGCCGAAAGCAGACUUCCCAUUUACAAAAUGGGAGGGAAAAAAUGGACUGCUUGACUGCUGUUUCCGAUUGCCCGGACCACAUGGCCCAGUGCCAGCUGCUCCCAGACCUCGGCCACUGCACCCGGACCUUGGCCGCUGCUCCUGGACCUCACCUGCUGCUCCCAGACCUCGCCCUCUUGCCUGCCGUCACCAGUCGGGCCCAACUGCUCCUGCCAUCGCUAAUUGGGCCCAGCUGCUCCCAGACCUCGCCCGCUUGCCUGCUGUCGCCAUAGUUGCUACUCCAAGUCUUGAACACCCGAAAACGAGCGCAGCAAAAAAAGCAAAUACAGGUAGUGGAAGAUCAUUCCAAGAGGCCUGGACAGAGUCAUUUGGAAUGAUUGAACACCAUGGGAAAGCGUUAUGUACUUUGUGUAAUGAAAGUGUUGUGUGUCGCACAUCAAGUGUCAAACGGCACUUUCUCACCAACCACAAAAAUGCUGCCGCACUUGGUGCAACUGAAAGAAAAGAGUUUCUUGAAGGGAAAUUGAGGACAUAUCAUUCCCAGUCUCUUAGUUUCUCCAACAAUCUUUCUAGAAUAAAUCAUCUGACAGCUGCCAGUUUUCAAAUUUCACUGUGCAUAGCAAAACAUUGUAAGCCCCUCUCUGAUGGAGAUAUUAUCAAGACGGCCAUGUUGUCUAAGUGUAAUUCCCUUUUUCAUGAUUUCCCAAACAGGGAUAAAAUUAUUAAACGCAUCUCUGAGAUGCCACUUAGCAGAAAUACGGUUAAAGAUCGAGUCCAGCGCAUGGCAAGUGAUGUUAGUCAGCAGCUCACUACUGACUUAAAAAAGGCAGCCUGCUACUCCAUGUGCUUGGAUGAAAGCACAGAUGUAAAUAAUCAUGCCAGGCUAACAAUAAUUUUGCGUUAUGCUGUUGGUGACAUCAUGAGAGAAGAGCUGGUGAAACUGGUGUCUUUGCCUGAAAGAACACAAGGGAUCGAUAUCUACAAUGCUGUGAUGGAGGCUUUUUUGUCACAAGACAUAAGACCAGAAAAAGUGGUUUCGAUUACUACUGAUGGGGCACCUUCUAUGGUGGGCACAACAUCUGGUUUCAUACAGUUGUUUGUUAAAGAAACAAAGCAUAAAGUUAUUCAGUUCCAUUGUAUUAUACAUCAAGAAGCUCUUUGUGCCAAGGAAAGCAGCAAAAAAUUUGACGAUGUCCUCAAAGAUGUCACAAAAAUGGUGAAUUACCUCAUGGCUUGUGCUCUGAAUUUUCAACAGUUUAAAGCACUUUUUGAGGAGCUUCAGACACAAUAUAAUUGUUUAUUUAUGUACAAUAAUGUCCGGUGGCUGAGCAGAGGACGAGUCCUGGAGAGAUUUGUAGCCUGCUUGGAUGAAAUUAGGCUGUUUAUGAAUGAAAAAGGGCAGAAAUAUCCACAGCUCACUGAAACGGCCUGGCUUACCAACCUCAUGUUUUUUACAGAUUUUACAGUACACUUCAAUGUACUGAACAAACAACUACAAGGUGUAGGGAAAACAGCAGAAAGGACGUUUUGUGAUAUCAAAACAUUUGAGAGAAAACUGCAGGUUUUUGAAAGAGAUCUUGAAAGUGGGCAGCUGAAAUAUUUUCCAAAUCUAAAAAAGCAUUUAGAAAGUUCUACAUCGUUUGCAGACAAUCCUACAAGCCAUCAGGAAAUCUACAAGGAAUUUUCUAGCAUUGUAGCAGCUGCAAAGGUGAAUUUUAGUAACAGAUUUUUACAGUUCCGUAAGAUGGAGACAACUCUGUAUUUCCUUACUUCUCCAGAUAAAGCCAAAUUUGAAGAGCUUGAUCUUUCCUGCUUAAAUUGGUUAGAUUUAGAAAAUCUGGAAAUGGAGCUAUUGGAAUUUCAAGAAAACCGUAUAUGGAAAAAUAAAUUCUAUGAUCUGCGUGAAACACUUGAGAAGAUGGAAAGGAUGACAACGGACAGCACAGUUAGUUCUGAAAAUGAAAUCCUUAAAGUGUGGAAUUCUCUGCCAAAUAAGUUUAAGUCAAUGAAAGCACUUGGGAUUGCUUUCCUUACUUUGUUUGGAUCAUCUUAUGCUUGUGAGCAGCUGUUUUCAGCCUUGAAUUAUAUCAAACCUGACACCAGGAACAAACUCACAGAUGACCUGAGUGCUGCAUUUGUUGCUCUCAAACUUACAAAGUAUGAGCCAAGGAUAGAAAAAUUAUCAGCGUGCAUACAACAGCAAAGAUCACAUUAAAGCAUGCCAAAUGCAAACUUUUACUUUUCAAUAAAAAGUUGUUUUUAUCAUUGAA